AUGCCCGAACCUCCACCCAUCUGCUAUGAGUGUGCAUGUAGCGGUGCUACAGCAGUUGUCCAGGCAGCGCUAUGCAAACCCAGGCAAGAACGCGUAGCAAUAAAGAGGAUCAACUUAGAAAAAUGCCAAACCAGUAUGGAUGAAUUACUUAAAGAAAUUCAAGCAAUGAGUCAAUGCAAUCACCCCAAUGUGGUGAGCUAUUACACAUCUUUUGUGGUGAAGGAUGAACUUUGGCUGGUUAUGAAGCUGUUAAGUGGGGGUUCAAUGCUUGAUAUAAUAAAGUAUAUUGUGAACAAAGGAGAGCACAAAAAUGGUGUCCUUGAAGAACCCAUAAUAGCAACAAUUCUUAAAGAAGUUUUGGAGGGCUUAGACUAUCUACACAGGAAUGGGCAAAUUCACAGAGAUUUGAAGGCUGGCAACAUUCUUCUGGGUGAAGAUGGCUCUGUGCAAAUAGCAGAUUUUGGCGUUAGUGCAUUUUUAGCAACAGGAGGUGAUGUUACUCGUAACAAAGUAAGGAAAACAUUUGUUGGUACUCCGUGUUGGAUGGCCCCUGAAGUAAUGGAGCAGGUGCGAGGUUAUGACUUCAAGGCUGAUAUGUGGAGCUUUGGGAUAACAGCCAUUGAGUUAGCAACAGGAGCAGCACCUUAUCACAAAUACCCUCCUAUGAAAGUGUUAAUGCUGACACUUCAGAAUGACCCUCCCACUUUAGAGACAGGUGUAGAGGACAAGGAGAUGAUGAAAAAGUAUGGCAAAUCCUUUAGAAAACUAAUUUCAUUAUGCCUUCAAAAAGAUCCUUCCAAAAGGCCCACAGCAGCAGAACUUUUAAAAUGCAAAUUUUUCCAGAAAGCCAAGACUAGAGAAUACCUGAUUGAAAAGCUUCUCACUAGAACGCCUAAUAUAGCACAAAGAGCAAAAAAGGUCAGACGAGUACCAGGUUCCAGUGGUCACCUCCAUAAAACAGAAGAUGGGGACUGGGAAUGGAGCGAUGAUGAAAUGGAUGAGAAGAGCGAAGAAGGCAAAGCUGCUGUUUCUCAGGAAAAGUCACGAAGAGUGAAAGAGGUGGAGAACACAGAGUCUCAGCCUGCUGUUAGUGACGAAUAUAGUGAAGUUCCUUGUGCAGUGAAUCUUGUCUUAAGGUUGAGGAACUCCAGGAAAGAACUUAAUGACAUACGGUUUGAGUUCACUCCAGGCAGAGACACAGCAGAUGGCGUUUCUCAGGAGCUGUUCUCUGCAGGCCUGGUUGAUGGCCAUGAUGUAGUUAUAGUUGCUGCUAACUUACAGAAGAUAGUAGAUGAUCCAAAGGCCUUGAAAACAUUGACUUUUAAGUUGGCCUCUGGCUGUGAUGGCACCGAGAUUCCCGAUGAAGUGAAACUGAUUGGGUUUGCUCAGUUAAGUGUCAGCUGAUGUCUGUCCCUUGACCCCAGGCCGAAUUGGGAGAUUGCGAAGAGGCCAGCUUAGAUGCAAAGGAAAAUUAAUGCACCACACGCUGAGUUCUGCUUCAUUCUCUAGCAAUUCACAAAGUCAGAACAAGCAAAGCCCACAGCUACACUGCUGCUGCUAACAUUCAAAAUGCUACUAAAUGUCUCUUAGCAGUUGAUUUGGAUUCCCCCUAAGUGAAAAGCCUGUGGAAAUGCACUCAGGUGGCUGUAUUUUUUGGUUAUAAAAGGAAUUUUCUAUCAAGCUUACUUCUUUCGUAAACUUUGAGUGAUACUAUUUCACCUGUACUUGUGGUUGAUAAUACUGCCUCUGUUCUGUUAUAUCUAGAAAUUAACAUAAAUAUAAAAGUUAAGACUUAUUAGCCAAACUUGAAUUCUAGAUUUAAAACUGACUGUGAAUUUUAUUUUUCAUAUAUUUAUGCAUUACACAUCCUAGUAAUAAGAAAAUUAUUUGACUUGAUUCUGUGCUAUUUGCAGUUAAUCUCCCAUUAUUUAAAAAAGUUUCAGGUAUAUCUUUGAAAUAUUUGGUAAUUUAUGGGGUUGUUUUGAAAUUAAUUAAUUAGGCAUUAGCAAGCUUUUGUUGGUUAUGUGUCUAAAAACCAGUCCACCAACUGAUUGUCAAGGGAGUGGGAGGUGCCUUGCAGACAUUAAUGUUUGAAGAAUGUGCCUGAGGCUGCUUAAAUAAAUAAUCUCCAUUUUCUAGAAGUAC